UCUGAAAAGUCAUUGCUAAUUAUUAUUACACUUCUUAAUUUCUAACAAUUCCUUGUCUUUUGCUCGUCCAUUGUCUUGGACAGAGAGAUGGGCGGCCUCAGUACAUUUUUCAUCUUCUUCUUCAUCAUUCAUUUCUUCACCAGCAAUGGGAAACAAGUUACUCAUAGAGAAACACUCAAGAUAGUCAUUGGUGGUGGUGUUGGAGGUGAUGGUGGUGGUGUUGGAGGUGAUGGUGGUGGUUUUGGAGGUGGUGGAGGUGAAGGUGGAGGUGGUGGUGGUGGAAGUGGUGGUGAAAGUGGUGGUGGUGCAUUACCAUCCCCACCACCAGAAGAUGAAAAUUGCCCGCCUCCCCCUCCACCUCCUUGCCCACCUCCUCCUCCACCAUCGUGCCCGGAACCCAUGCCACCACCACCACCACCACCAUCACCACCUCCUCCAUCGUGCCCGCCACCACCGUCACCACCUCCUCCAUCGUGCUCACCACCACCUCCAUCACCGCCGCCCAGACUAGUUUUCGAAAGCAAGCGACUGGAGAUAGUCUACAACGUAAUUCAAAAUUUUAAAAAGAAAGUGACCUAUGAUCCCCAAGGGAUUACAGAUACAUGGAUCGGUGGAGAUAUUUGCAAUUAUAAAGGGUUCGUAUGCGACAUAGUCCCGCGUUACAAUCAAAAAGCCCUCGCAGGCAUCAAGUUUAACAACUUUAAUUUCAACGGCCCAAACCUAACCCUCGAUGAUUUCAUCAUCGGCUUUCCGGACCUCGUUUUCUUCCAUGCAAACUCCAACAACUUCACCGGCACCAUACCCUCCAAAAUAAAAGACCUACGCUACUUCUACGAGCUCGACCUCAGUAACAACAAUUUCUCUGGCAGAUUCCCCUACGAAGUCCUCCGAGCCACCAAGUUACUCUUCCUUGACCUCAGGUUCAACACGUUCGCCGGCACAGUUCCUCCACAAGUUUUCGGUCUCAACCUCGAUUUGCUCUUCAUUAACAACAAUAAUUUUAUCCAAACCCUCCCCUACAAUCUUGGUGAAACGACAGCGCUUUACUUAACCCUAGCUAACAACAAAUUUGUGGGUGGAAUUCCUCCGAGCAUCGGUCUAGCUUCUGAUACUCUACUCGAGGUUCUUUUCUUAAACAACCAGUUAACCGGUUGUUUACCAUACCAGAUCGGAUAUUUGAAGAAAGCCACUGUGUUCGACGUCGGAUUUAAUAUGUUGCAUGGCCCGAUCCCGCACUCGUUUCAGUGUUUAAAGAAAAUGGAGCUUCUGAACUUGGCACAUAAUAACUUCUCCGGUGUGGUGCCGGAGGCGGUGUGCUGCCUGCCGGAGCUGUCGAAUUUCACGCUUUCGUAUAAUUAUUUCACUCAGGUUGGUCCAGAGUGUCGGAAGUUGAUCGAUAGGGGGAUACUAGACGUGACGCAGAACUGCAUUUUGGAUCUUCAUAACCAGAGAACAGCAGACGAAUGUGCUGAAUUCUUCUCGAGAAGUCAUUCUAUAUGUCCAAACCAAAGAUUUCUCACAACUCAUGUACCUUGCAAAGAAAGGCCGUGGGGUGCUCAGGUUAAGUCGUCGAAUAUUCAAUGGAGCGUGCCACCACCGGCACCAGUGCAGACUCCACGACGGGGAAGUUAUGGAGCUCUUUCGCCGCAUUAACUCAUAUUGUGCGGCGUGUAUAACGGCCUUGUUUUUUUUUUUUGUUAUAAUUUUUUUUUUUUUUUUUGUGUUUUCUAAGUAGGUGAAAAUAAUGGGCUUUGUUCUUCAUAUAGUCCUUGUGGUUUCUUUCGAAAGUGUGUACAAAAUAAACAUUUUGUAUAGCUUUUGAAAAAAUAUAUACAUGUAAUUGUGUAUAGCAAAGUGGGGUGAACCUUUUCGUGCUA